AUGCACCCGGCGCCGCUCCCAGUCCCGGUGCGCUACUUGCUCAUACGCAAUCCCCCAGAAGAACCCGAGACAACCCACCAAGAAGUCCAGCAAUCGGCGGCUGACAAUCCCCAAAGCGUUGCCAACUCGUCAAACAGUGCUGCCAUGUAUCUCCCCGACAAUGCUCGCGAACCGGGACCGCGGCGUUUCACACCUCAGGAAGCCGCCAAUUCUAUCUUCCGGACAGAAGAACCCGCAGCAGACCAAGGAUCGCAGCACUUACCGGGGCAUCUUACUCUCACGCUAAACGAACCGUCGCCCCCGGUCCCACCGGUAAAGGACUACGCACGCGCGCACGACACGUUCCUGUCACCCCACGACGCAUCAUGGUCGACCGCGGACGUGCAGGGUAAGGGAAAGGCCGUGGCGCAUGCCCAUGGGAGCGCUGCGUGGUUUUCUGGCAAGGCGCCCUCGAGUGGCAUAGAAGAGACUCAAGGCGAGGCCGCCUUUUAUUCAGCCCUACAGCGCUCGAGCCCACAUACCGCCGCGCCGUACCCCGUCCCAGACGCAGCACGCGCCUCAAGCUCGCUGCUCGACAUCGUCUUCAAAAACAACUCUGCGCCAUCUCCGGACGCAUCGCUCGCCAGCGGCACCGUCGCCAACCCCAGCCACACAGACGGACUGAACCGUAAAGAGCGAAUCAAAAUCUGGAUGAAAACAAGCACCGAAACCCUCCCACCAUCUCCCGACACCCGACGCUGCACAAUCCGCGACCACCUGCUCAGACUCAACUUCGAAUACCCAACGAUACUCGGGAUGGACGAUCUCGGCGUGAGCGGGGAUCAGACCGUAGAGAGCGCGCCGUCAAGCCGCCAGACGCACGCCCUCCGCCAGUGGGCGCUCACGUUUCUGAGCGACGAGCUCAAGCUGCGGAGCGAGCAAGUGGACGCCAAAGUCCCCAUUCUCCUAGCGUCGCUCGUCGACAUGUUCUACGAAUGUAACGUCCUGCUGUUGCAGAGGCUGUGUAGCGGUGCGAUGGAGAACGCGAAGACACGGAAGGGCAGCCAGCUAGAGUAUGAGGAUUUCACGUUCGACCUCGACGUAAAGUACGCCAUCCGGGCUCCGCUCGAUGUGGACGUCAAGGCUCACCUCGCGCAAACAGGUAAGAAGCAUCUCACGCUUGCCGUUCAGUGUCUGAUGCAGGCGUAUCUAGUGCAAGAUCUUGACGAGCGAUCGUCUGCGCUCUCAAUACGGCUCCCGGCCCCUCGAGUGCGGACCCAGUCGGCCAGCAAAAAGAAGAAAGCCCAAGGCAGAGGCGACAAGAAACCGGAAAGAAAGGAGGCCGCUUGCCAGACCAUGCCAAUAGAGUCGUGCUGUCCCAGCUGCGGCCAGGCCGUCAAAGGCAAGAGUACCAUCGCCGGUGUGCCUCCUUCGGUGCUGGAGGACAUCGAGAACACGCUCCCUGCACCGGCGAAUGGGGAUCGCGACCAGAGAGGACUUGCCGUUCGCCUCGCUGCGGCUCCGCGUGCGCCGCAAAACCCUCCUUUGUUCGUCCACGGCCAGUCGUGCACGGAUCCUGCUUACCUAUUCGAUGAAGACAACGGCGGAGGUCCAUCUCGUGGUCGUCCCUGGAAUGGCACGAUGCCCGCGGACGGCGGACAGCCAUCUGGAGGUGCCAUAGAGGGCCACUCACGCGACAUAGCGAACGCAACGGAUGAUGCUGAGCCAUCCGGGGCCGUCACAGCAGCAGAGCAAGCUGUCAGUCAGUCGGUCGACGUCGGUAGAGAGAACGUCGACGGCAUGAAAGUGUCUACGUCAAAGCCCAGUUCGCGAUCUGCCAUCCCUUCCCCGGCACUACGAAUUCGCGUCUCGGAUGAGGGGCCCUCAAGCGCGGCGUUUGCCUCACAGCACGUAGUAGCCAAAGAUGCCGACGAGGACGAGUCCAACGAUGCCGCAAGCACAGACGGACACGGUCAGUCUUUGGCAAGCGCCUCUGCGAUAGAGCAAGCUGUCUCCUCGUCGCUCGACGCGCGCCCUGAAGAUCGCGGGAGCGGCGGAAAGGCAUCCAUAGCCAAGGCGCGUCGUCAAGCGGCCGCACGUACAUCCUCUGUCGACGUAGGCAUCCGCAAAUCCGAGCGGCUGCGGGCGAUUGCGCCGGCGCGAGCACCUGAAGGACAACCUGGAGGCGAACGCAGUGCACAAGAGCGGUCGCACGAUCCUGCGGCGACCGACGGGCACGCUUCCCAAAGCGAUUCGGUAGAGGAGCAAGCCGUCGUUGAGGCGGAUUCAGAGGCGUCUGCGGAGGUGACGGGCAGUGGCGGUGGGAAGAACGUGGCUAGGGCGACGGUCGCUCGUCGGAGCGGUAGGCGGACGCGUGGGAUUAGGGCGCGCGAUGGACAAGGGUUGUAG